AGAAAGUCAGCCAGCCCCCAUUCAAAAGUGUCUCUUCUCAUUAAAUUCUAAAAGUAAAGUGCACCAAGUGUUUGUCAAGUUUGUCAAGUUAUUAAUCGAUUACUCCAUCCCAACCAUCCAACCAUCCAACCAUCUAUCCAUCCAUCCAUCCAUCCAUCCAUCGGUCGGUACAUACAAAACAGCUUUUUGUUGAUACAUCCAUCCCCUUCCAACUCCUCUAAAUCUAAAAUAAACAUCAUCCAAUUACUUCUCUCUCCUUCUACUCGAGUAGCUCCAGCUGUUGUUUUCGAACUCCUUUGCUCUCUCGCAAAUUAUCUCUUCCUCAAAAAAAUAAAAAUAAAAAAAAGACUUACCACUCCCAAGUCAUACACGACGACCGAUCAAUUUCCUCCUUUAUUAUUGAAAACUCCUUGGGAACUCCUUUUUAAUCCACAUUACAACAAUUAAUAUUCCGGGGAAGGAGUUUAAUAAGGAAAAGGAAUCGUUAUUCUCUUUUUAUUUCAACAACAUUCGUUCUUUUCGACUAUUUACUUACUACGCGCAUUCCUCGCGUCUGAUUGUUACAGAUUGAUUUCUAUCAACAUUAUCAUUUGUCCAAAAUCCCACAUUCCACAAAUCUACAUCUGGCUACUGCAAGGUGAUUAUCCUGCUCCACAGGACCGAACUUGGGGAUUUUGGGGUGGAAGUUGGUGAAGUCUAAAGGAUGUCUUCAUCUUCGCAACCGGUAAGCGCACAAAUUGACAACUGAUUUUUUAAUCAUACAGCGCGUCGAAAGGAUUAUUAUUAUUGCGAGUAAACAUGAUAUCUAAUACAUGUCAUUUAGGUUCCUCCGUUGAGGAUUCAAAAAGGUGCCAGUUUUUCUGGUUCACUGCCCAAGAAUCACACAACGCGACCCCUUUCCGAACUAGGCCCAACAGCUCAAAGACGAAAUUCUCCAAGUUAUAAUCAGGCCGCAAAGGUAAAGAAUUCAAUCUGUCUAUUUUCGGCACAUCUUUCGGAGAGUUAAAAGCUAAUCCUGACGACGUAGAAAAUGUCUUUCAGUGGGGAUUCGUCUCCAUUCCAGUCAUCCCCGUUCACUUCCGCUGAAGGCUCGUCGCCACAUCUCUUCUGGCAGAACCGUGAUCCAGGCACGCCAAAUCGAAUCAGCACGGAAAAUCUACGCAAAGAUUCUUCAAUAUCACCGACAAGAAAGUCAUCAAUCGAACGAUUGCAGCGCGCGUCGCGUGUGAAGAACAGCACCAUGUACGCAAGGGAGCAGAAACUCGAAUACGAUCCGAUGUCGAUACCUGUCAUUGAAAAACCAUUAAUAAAGAAUAUGCAAGGCAAUGCUUUUGGAGGAAAAGGUUUGGAAGGGUUUAGAUCGGAGAAAAAUCGACCAUAUGUCCACGGGAAGACAGAUAGUAAAACCAGUCUCUCGUUAGCCAGUCCACCGCCGCUGAGCCCUGCUGCUAGAGAACCCCUGAAAACAGCAGCAACAAACGGUUCGAGAUCGCCCAGCAAAGAUCAAAUUUCACCUACAAAAUCAUCCAUGGCGACUAGUCGAUUUGCUGGAAAGGCACUUUACGAUCCAGAACAUAAUGCCUUUGGCGAGGAGGAUUCAGGUGACGAGCGAAAACUGCCCCCUGGACGGAGUUUGCACAGACAUGCCAAGAGUGUUACUUUCGAUGUAGCUCCUCCACAAAUCAACGAGUACGAAUUAGCUACACCGGAUAUAUCAUCCAUCGGAACAGGCUCUCGGGAAAAUAGUUACGAUUCCGAGGAGGAUGAUGAAGAAGACCUUUACUACCAUGGCGAUGGUCUUGAACAAGAUGAUAGCUUUGAUGCUUCUCUUGAGGACAUAGAAAAGACACCAGUAGUCGGACCGGAUGACUGGAGACAUUCUAGCCCUGGAAAUACUUAUGGCCAAGGCUCUGGAUACUAUGAUGACCCAUUUGAUGGUCCAGAGGGUAGCCCUAUGCCUGAUGCCCGUCCUUCUUCUUCCUCUGGACGUCCUAAUGCCACACGCAAUGAUUCCAUAACCUCUAACGGUGAACACAGACCACUGCCACCGUUACCUGGUAUGGCUGGUAAUGAUCGAAGGGGUUCGGCAUCAUCCGGCAUUGAGCGUGCAGCGACAAACUCACCCAGAAAUCUCCCUACACCACCUCCUCCAGCCUCUAUUAGCAAAGCAGAUCUUCAAGGAAUGAACGGAAACAAGAUGACUUUGGAGGAGAGGUUACAUCUGAUGAUGAUCCAGGACGAUGAUAGGCCGAAGUCCUCUGAAGGCAGACCAAAAUCUGCUGAGAGAGACGAGCAACGAGAACGUCGCAUGCGUCGGGCAGGGGCACGGAAGAGUCAGACACCCGAACGAGAAGUUCAACCAAUCAAGAUUCAUGAAGAUAAGGAAGUUAAAAACGACCAUGAAGAUCAUGAGGACGAAGAUGCCAUGGAUGAUCUCCCAGGAUUGGACUCGUAUCAAUUACCACCUCGCAUCUCACGGGAGUCAAUUUUGAGAAAAGUCAAUGGACAAGAACCGUUUACGCGAGAGUCGGAUUACAAUCUAGAUGCGCCUCUCCCUGGCUCAAGUUCAGAACGUCCAAGUACCGCUCAAAUGGCCGCAAUGGAUCCUGACACUCCUAUUCCAUCCACAGAGGAUGCAUUUGUUGAAUCUGCGGACGAGGAGGAUCUGGACGACCAAAACAGCGUUUUGAUUAAAUCGGAGUCCGAAGAUGACUCUGACGAUGAAGAGGCUGAUAUUUAUUCUAUUCCAGACAUGUACCAACGUACUGAAUCAGGAAUGGAGAGUCAUCAAACUGAAAGUGAAGUUGGAACAAUAGAGGAUGAUGAAAUGGACAGUCAUUAUUCGGAUGAAACACCUUCUGAAAUGCCACUUCAUGAAAGCCCACAAUUUCAAUCGAACAGCGUUCCAGAAGACGAUGGUCCGCCAACCCCAAGAAACAUUAGUCCUGCGAGCAUUUCAAUGGACCCUACGAAGGAGAAUCGAAGAAUAUCUCUACCGGAGUUAGCAGGGCUUCUCACUGACAACACAGACUUUGGCCUUAGUUUAAGAUCUUAUAUGACACCGUCUCCUCCACCCCAAGAGGAAAAGGGGGAUAGGAAGGUCUCGGUGAUGUCCGAAGCACAUGAAUCUCUCCAUGGAUCCGAAACGCAAGAGGCGGACGAUGAGGUGGUAGAUCAAGCACACAUCAAUGAGCCCGAAGAGAGUGAGGAAGAAACUGAGGAGGAAACUGAGGAUGAAACUGAGGAAGAUACCCCAGAACCCCAGCAGAAAGCCCCGGAACCUCAAGAGGAAGAUGAAGCACCACCACUCAAGAAGAUGCUUUCGCGUCCUGAAUACGAUGGGUCCGAAUGGGGACCACAGGAAGAUGAUGAUGACGAGUUGUCUGAUUCAGAAUCCGUGAUACGUCAUCCGGUGGAUGAACCAAUUGAUCAUCCUUUCAGAGCGUCGUCGAUGGAUCGACCAUUUAGAUCAUCGAUCGAUCAACCAUUCCAGCACCCAUUCAUUGACCCUCCCAAGAUAUCUCCUACGCCACCUCCACCUUCAGAUUCUCCUGGCAUUCCCGAAACAAUGGCUACUAUCAAGGCUCGUAGUGGGUCAAAACUCAAGACAAGACCAUCUGUGACACCAUCCGACCUUGCAUCAAUGCGUGAAGCUCGACGUCAAGUCAGCGGUGCUGGUCCUGCUGUACCCAAUAUCCCUCAACGACACCGCACUCGCCCUUCAUUAAACGGGGAGCAAGAUGACGAGGAUGAUGAUGACGAUGAUACGGAAAAGGGAACUUUGAAAAGAAAUACAAGCUUCAAAAACCGAAGUCUUACGCUCGAUAUCGGCGGUGAUCUUGGACUCAAUCUAGAGUCAGAUUUCGACCGAGUAAUCGAAUCCUCAAAGGUAGCAUUUGAUUUAUCUUCUAGACAUUCGACUUUUUUUACCGGUAGAGCAGGACAAGCGUCCGAACCGAACAAUUCUGCAGGAAUGAGUGAUCAUGCUAACAAAAGUCUGCCACAGCGAGGAUAUUUGAUGAGACAGAACACCAAAGUAGUAGUUGCUAGCAGCGAUGAAAGAGAGACUCGAGUUGCCAAAUCAGUCGAAAACUCGCCCACAAAAGCAGAUAAUCGUCCACAAUCAUGGGUUGUUGAGCCAUGGAAUGGUUCUCGUAAAAGCAGCGCCCGCCCUUCCAGUCCACGUAAAAAGCCUCCUACUGGUGCGGUUCCUCCGAUGCCCGGUCAUGAAAGUAAUGCCGCCACUGGAUUGGGCAUAUUAACAGAAGGUCAAGUUGCUGAACCUGUUUCGGAUGAAAAUAGUGAACGUGGAAGAUUGUUCGUGAAAGUCAUUGGAGUAAAGGACUUGGACUUACCAUUACCCAAGAGUAUGUUUCCCUCAAACUUCAGUCCUUACUUUGCUAACAUCAGAAUAGAUGAACGUUCAUGGUUUAGUCUAACCCUAGAUAAUGGCGUACAUUGCGUUACCACGGCAUGGCUGGAAUUAGGUAAAAACGCGCCGAUCGGACAAGAAUUUGAACUUGUUGUACCAAAUGAGCUUGAGUUUCAACUGACGUUGAAUGCCAAGCUCGAGAAGCCAGCACCGCCGAAGCGUGUACAGACUUCUCCAGCUAAAGCAGCCAAACCAUCGAAACCUUCAACUUUUAGUCGAGUGUUCGCCUCACCAAAAAAGAGGAAGGAGCUUGAGAUGAGACAAAAGGAAGAGGAACAACGCAUUGCACAACAGAAACAACAAGAUGCUCAAGCAUUGAAGAAUUCGUCACAGCCAACUGCAUGGGAGCUUCUUUCACCGCUCGCUGCUGCAGAUGGUAGCUUUGGUAGAUCUUAUGUUUGUCUAAAGGAUCAUGAGAGUCGUUGCUUCGGAAGACCUUAUAAUGUCGAUGUGGCCGCUUUCAAUGAAUGGGCUACUGAAGAGACAAACCAAUCAUCGAGUGUUAUGAGCAAACGUAGCGUUCCCCCACCAGUUCGAAAGCGCGCUCCUUAUACUGUUGGAAAGUUACAAUUACAACUUCUUUUUGUACCAAAGCCGAAAGGAGCUAGUGAUGAAGACAUGCCUAAGAGCAUGAAUGCUUGCAUCCGCGAGAUGAAGGAAGCUGAACUUGAGGUUGCGAGACAAUUCGAAGGCCAUCUAAGUCAACAAGGUGGUGACUGUCCUGUAAGCUAUUUCCAUACUAAUAUACUCCAUGCGUUACUGACAUAUUUCUAGUUCUGGCGUCGUCGUUUCUUUAGACUAGCAGGAAGUAAACUCACAGCUUAUCACGAGUCGACCCGACAACCACGUGUCACAAUUAAUCUUGCCAAUGCCAAUAGGUUGAUUGAUGAUCGCAGAGCACUCACACAGAAAGAAACCACCGCGAAAUCCGGUAAACGUCGCAAGUCUGGUUUUGCUGAAGAUGAAGAAGGCUACAUGUUUGUUGAAGAAGGUUUCCGAAUUCGAUUCAAUAAUGGUGAAGUUAUUGAUUUCUAUGCCGACUCACCAGCUGAUAAAGAAGCAUGGAUGUCCGUUCUUGAUCCUUGUGUAGGAAAGGAACGUGCGGGUGGUAAAGGUGGUUGGUGUGAGAUGGUUCUAAAGCGGGAAGAACAUUUGAUGAGGAAAGCUUCCGGGACUUCAGGCAAAGGCCGAUCACAUUCAAGAGUGAAGAGUACCAUCUUUUGAUCCUUCUACUCAUCGAAAUUUACAUGAAUCGGUUUUUACCUCUGAUUUGUAACGCCUGAAACGGCCUUUCCUUUCCUUGUAUAACUUUCUGCCCGGGUGGCCAUUAUUAUUUCAGCAAAAUUGUGUAUCUUCUCGCGGGGAUUCGGGUUAGAAGUAGAUAAAACUUUGUCAUUAUGACAGACUCAACACUAUUUCUGUUUUAUAGGUCUUUUUCAUUUUGGUAUCUUGACAAAGGAAGCGAAAGGGUUUAUGGAUGGAGCUUUGGGGGAAGUGGGAGCGUAAUUAUUGAUUUUAUUUUCCCUGCUUAUUUGCUGCUUUUGUAAGAUUUUUAGUUUGAGUAGUGCUUCCCUUUUCUUUUGCAUGCAAAGGCAACAAACAUUUUCUUCUUCUCUGUGUUUCAGAUUCUAAUUUUCUCUUUACUUUUCUUUUGGUUGGCUCUAAGGUUGGGGUUCUGCUUUAUGGAUUGGACCGGAUACUUUGCCUUUGCCUUUGCGAGCUGCAUGGAUGGAUCGGAAUUGAGGGGGAGGGAG